AUGGUGACCGGUCUCCGAAUCGAUCAAUCACUCUUUGAAGUUCUCACUGAAGCCGAUUUGCAAGGAUUUCGGAGACAAAUUUGCAUUGAUCUCCAGUUGACAAAGCUUGAUCACUUUGAUCAUGUUAAUGAUCGGGAUUUACAGAAUAUCGGUCUUUCAUUGCCGGCCAUUCGACGACUUCGUGAAAGUUUAGUUCAAAAGAAACACGAGAUGAGAAGAUUUCCGGAGAGAGAUGUGAGAACCGUGGUUGUUCCACCGGAUGAUACCGGCCUUCCACCAGAGAUCUCACAACCGGGCACCAGCUCGAUCAAGAAAGAUCAGAUCAAAUUAUUGGACACAUUGGGUGAGGGAACUUUCGCCGUUGUGAAGCGAGCCUUUUGGACGACGCACGACGGUCGAAAGUUGGAUGUGGCUGUGAAAAUUCUCAGAGAUGCUUCUCCGCUGGUGAUGGAAGAGCUGCAAAAGGAAGUGAAUAGUUUGGAGAAGUUGAACCAUCCGAAUCUCAUUCGAUUGUACGGAGUGGUGUCGGAUGCGACUUGGAUGGUUUUCGAACUAUGCGAAGGCGGAUCACUAUUGGAUCGGUUGAGAAAUCGAAAGAAACCGCCACUUCUCGUUUCUCAAAUGCUCGAUUUCUCGCAACAGAUCGCAAAGGGAAUGACCUUUCUAGAAAUGAAGCAUUGUGUACAUCGAGAUCUCGCAGCGAGGAACAUUCUGCUAUCGGUGGAUGAAAGGACCGUGAAAAUCUGCGACUUUGGCUUGAUGAGAAGUUUAGAGGAAAAUGAGCGACUCUACAUUAUGAAUCCACAGAAGCGAGUGCCCUUCGCGUGGUGCCCACCCGAAUCCCUCCGUUUCCGUCAAUUCUCCCACGCAUCCGAUGUUUGGGCAAUGGGUGUGCUGAUGUGGGAAAUCUACUCGUUUGGUGAGGAUCCAUGGGCUGGAUUGAGGGGAAGAGAUGUUCUGGAGAGAACGGAUGCCGGUGAGCGGUUGCCGAAACCAAGAUUUUGCUCUCAACAAGUCUACGAUUUAAUGGAUCUCUGCUGGAAAUCGAAUCCCGAUGCUCGUCCGAAGUUCAAAAUGUUGUGGGGAUUAUUGAAACAGGCAAGUUUCUCCAUUGCUGAAGUACGAGAGGCCCAUCCAGCGGCAAACGAUCAACAACUUGAGCUGAGAAUCGGUGAUCGAGUGCAGAUUAUCGAAAAUACUGGCGUCACGUGGUUUGGGCAAAGCGAGCGCACGCGGUGCUUUGGCAACUUUAUGCGAUCCGUGGUCUUUGUCAAGUCGGCCAACGAAACGGGAAGAGAUGGAAAUCAGAAAAUAUCCAGGCCGAUUGCAGGUUCUUUCAUUCACACGGGUCACGGCGAUAUCCGAGAUGGCAAAGGAUGGGGAAAUCCCGAGUACAUUGACAAGAUCUAUUUGACAAAUCCGGUAGUUGGGCAGCCGAAUUCAUCAUCGGCUCCGCAAAUUAUCGACUCAAUCCUUCCGCCGCCGCACAAAGCAAAGCCAAAUUUGCCAAGCAAACCCCCAGCCAGCUCGUCGAACGCCGUUUCCGAGGGCAUUCCCCUUUCGCCAACAAUGAGGGAUCCAUUCGAUGAUGUUAGACUUUCUCGUGCCACUCGUCAAGUCGCCCCAACGCCGACUCUCAUGCAACCGAUCGUUCAACAAGUGGGAAGCAGCCAAUUCUAUGUGCCAUCGAUGAACCAGCCAAUUCCAGCCCGUGUCGCCCCGGCACCACCAACAACCCAACCAAAAGUCCACUCAAAUGGAAAUGCUGCCGUUCCGCGACCGAAAGUCAAUUUGCCACAAGAACCUAGCUCAAGUCGAUCGGCAAACAACACUCCGCCGAUGAUCAAAGCGGAUGCAUUUGUGAACGUUCGCAACGCUGCGCAAAGGAUGGACGGCUUCGUUAUUGCACCGAAGACGAGUGGAGCUGGGAUUCCGCUUGCAGUAAUAGAACCAGGACCUGCACCAAAAUCUUCAGUCGGCAUCGGUCACGGACAAAACAUCCUGAACGAAUUGCAGAGUAAAAUCGGCAAAGGAAAUGAGCCAAUUCGACUCCGGCAACAACCAACAACCUCUGCUGAAACGCCCGUUUUUGUACACAGCCAAAUGAACACAAUGAGAGCUCCGUCUUCUUUUUCUAGUAUCUCCCCAAAUGCACAUGAUCCGUUUGAGGUCCCCUCUGCCGUCAAAAAUGUUCUCCAAAAAGAUCGAUACAACGAAAUCAUGGAGAAAAACUCUCUUCAACCUGCACCGUCCCCUCCCGCUUACAACCAGCCACAUCGACACCCAAAUUCGACUCCGCAACUUCACGUAAACCAGGUCCUCCAACCCAUCCAAAGUCCGUCAUCGGCUCGUGCAACCACUUCACCCCAUCCACUACAGAAUUUCCAUCACGCUCAAGGCCCUGUACAUCCAUCGCUGAAUCACGUUCAUCUCGGGCAAGCAUCUAGAAUGAGCAUGAUCACCCCUCCAACUGUUGCAAUCCCUCAACAACAAAGACCUAUGUCCCAAGUAUUGACUCCAACACCCAUCAAACAGCAACCGACUCUCGCUCAACAACAACUACAACAACAAAAACAACAAGAGAUGAUUUUGCAACAGAUCCAACAGCAGAAACAAGAACAGUUUCUUCGGGAGCAAAGAAUGCAACAAGAAAAGCUGGCGCAAGAGAAAUUAUUGCAACAGCAGCGAGAGCAACAGAUUCGGCAACAACGAGAACAACUCGCGAAGCAGCAAAUGCCGAAAGUUGAGUCAACUCCGGCUCUUUUACCAACACAGGGUUUGAAACCUUCUGGACAAAAUGGAGUUAGGCAAACCACAGCCGCAGCUUUAUCUACUCCAGUUUUGCAACCAACUAAAGUCGAGCUACCAUCAGCAACGGCAAAUGUGAAACCUACAAGCCAAACACCGAAAAGUGAGCCGAAACAAGCUGUUAAUUCAAAUGCGCAAAAUGGUCAAGCACAAGCGAAUGGUUCUUCAAGAAGACACACAACAGAAAUUGAUUUCACUACCAUUUUUCCGGCCCCGAGUGCUCUCUUUUACGGAAGUGAUAGCACAAAAUCGACCAGUUCGCAAGGUGAUCAACCACAACAGGUCAGACCGCCUAUAAGUACCAUUGCAGCCGCCAUACCGACUGUUGAUGUGGUUAGAGAGGCCAGAGUCAUCCCAUCGGUGCUCCCAUCAAGCUCUGUUCUCCAGCCAACACCCCUGCAUCACGCGAAUUUAAAUUCUGCCGCUCAACAGCGACGAGCCAGCACAUCCACACCAAUUGUUGCACCUCCUGCUCAAAAAGCUGCCACACCAAGACCAGCGGCUUCAGUCUUGCCUAGUGAACCCCUUGUACCGACGCCUCUCUAUCCAAAGAUCUCGACAAUAGCCCAGCCACAGACACAAAAUGUCUCCCCACCGCGAACACGUGGCUUUUCUCAAGAACAAGUUGAUGCCAUCCUUGCCUUGUCUUCCCGCCCUCAAUCAAUCCACUCUGUGCCACUUUUCUCAGCUCAACAAAGUCUUGGAUCAACUUAUUCAAAUGGAUACGGUGGAUACAAUAGUCCGAUUUAUGGAAUGGGCUAUGGAGCUUCAUCGCCGAUCUAUGGGGGUUAUGGAAUGAAUGGCUUCAAUGGACUGAAUGGGUACGGAUCGAUGGGAAGACUUUCAAACACUUCAUCCGUUUACCCAUUGCUCUCCGACAGUAGUCGCCCACUUGCACUCACCGCUCCGUUAAGGCCGCUUACACCACCACCGCCAUCAUCAACCAUUGUUCAACAUUCCGAAGAAGUACUGAAUUCUUUCGAUCCAUUGGCUGAACUUUACAAUAAUAGCCAAUCCACUCUUCCACGUGAAAGUCAACCAACAACUAGUGGAGUGACAAAAGCCGAACAAAUGGAAAUUCUCUAUAAAGAGGCCUCGUUUGCCGAGAGAGGCAACUGUGAUCGAAUGGUUGGGAUUUGUGGGGGAAAUGUGGAAGAAGCGUUGAAACAAUUGAAGGUUGAGUACCUUGUCGAUACGGGAAUUGCGUCGGACCGAGCAAUUGCAAUCAGUGCUUUGGAGGCAAGGGCUUGGAAUCUGAAUGCGGCCGCCGAAGCGAUCGUCAGUCGA